AUGACAGUAAUUCAAUGGAUUUUGUCCUGGCAUCCAGCAGGCAAAACCUCCUCGCAGUCCAUCUUCAACAUCCCAGGUCGUAUCGCCUGGUCUGCCAUGGAGAUUGUCGGCCCUAUCAACUUGAUAUAUAGCAUGGUCACUUCAUCGCCAUAUGCACCCUCAUUCACUGAUCUCCCCAAGUCCAACAUCCUCAUUGUAGCUCUGUACUGCAUCCACUAUUUCAACCGAGCUAUCAUCUCCCCUUUCUUCUCCGCCCCCAGCAUGUCCCCAAUCCACGCCGCCAUCAUGUCCUUCGCCAUGGUCUUCAAUUGGUUCAAUUCGGCCUGUCUGGCCGGAUGGUUGCGUGGAUAUACAGUCCCAACUAUCCCAAACUUCCACACAGCCAGCAGCGAAAGUCCAUCUCCUCGCUCUGCGGUUGUCGAUCUCCUCCCAACCGUGGGCGUAAUCUUGUUUGCCAUCGGAAUGGCCGGCAACAUCUACUCAGAGACAGCAUUGUUCCGACUUCGCCGCGAAGAAGCUGAAAGACGCGCUGCCAAAAAGGCAGAUGAUGGACCUCCGGCGCGAGCCGAAGCACAAGGAAGCCGAAACAAGUUCCACAAGGUCUACGUCAUCCCGCCUUCCCGUGGUGUCUUUAGAUACAUCUUGUAUCCGCACUACGUCUUUGAAUGGCUCGAGUGGAUUGGCUUUGCUCUCGCUGGUACGGCGGUUGCCCCAUUCUCCGCCCUCCCCGCCUCUGCGUCGACAUCUUCUGUGGGGAUCACUCCCCCGCUGCGUCUUGCGCCUUGGUUGGUGCCUGCUGCGUGGGCGGCUGGUAAGCUCGCUGUGCCGCUGCAUUUGCCUGCUGUGGUGUUUGUUGUCAAUGCGGUCACGAAUAUGUUGCCCCAUGCGCGCUGGGGACGGAAGUGGUAUGUUGAGAAGUUUGGGGAGAAGGCUGUCGCUGGCAGGGGGGGCUGUUGUCCCUGGCUGUGCGUGGAUGUGAAAUUGAGGUAG